UGAACUAAUAAUAGAAGAAAGUUUUGUAUUUGCUGAGAAAUCCUUUUACAUGCUUCAAUGGGCUUCCACUUUUUUGCUUUUCAUUCUUUUUAUCUCCAUUAAAUUCUAAAGGAAGAAGAAGAAGAAGCAGAAGGGACAGCACUACCACACACUACUCACUAGUAGCCACCUUUUUAAUAAUCAUUGAGAAAUAUUGGCUUUCUGUAGAGAGAGAGAGCUUAUUUAUGAGAAGAAGAGAUACCCUUUAGUUUAUGAGCAAUUUGGAGAAAUGGGUUGGAAAUACAAAGGUGGUUUGAUUCUUAUCAUCACAGUUGUGAUCCUUUGGGUCACCUCUGCAGAGGUUACCCAGGGUGUAUUCACAGAUUAUAAUCACCCAUUUGCGGUGACAUAUCUGGGAACUUCUCUUUUAAUUGUUUAUCUUCCGAUUGCAUUCAUCAAAGAUUGGCUGCUAAAGUUUAUGAGAAACCAGAAUGGUAGAAGUGGCAAAAAUGAAGCAACCUCUGAUAAGCCAUCUGCAGCAGGCAUUGAUUCUCCUGUCAAACAAAACAAGACACCAGAUCAUUUUGAAAUUGAAUUCCAUGGACCUUCUGCUAAUAAGGACUGUUCUAUAGAUCUUUUCUCAAAAGAGGAUGGAAAUUCAUUAGUCUCUCAGAGCAACAGCAAUGCAGAAAUCCUGAAAGCAGACAGAAAGCUCACUGGCCGGGAGACUACACUGGUUGGCCUAUGCAUUGCUCCUCUAUGGUUUCUCACAGAGUAUCUAACAAAUGCAGCACUUGCAAGAACAAGUGUUGCCAGUACAACAUUGUUGUCUUCAACAUCAGGCCUUUUCACUCUUUUGAUCGGCGCGCUUCUGGGUGAAGAAUCCAUCACUGUGGUCAAAGUGAUUUCUGUGCUUGUGAGCAUUGCUGGUGUUGCAAUGACAAUCGUCGGCAAAACUUGGACUGCUGGUGGAUCACAAUCAAGCACAGCUAAGUAUGUACUCUCGUUUCGCGAUAUAAUUAAGUUCCGUUUGUUUCGCGGAAGAUAUUUUUUAGCAUUUGCCACAAACAUAGUCCUAGUAGUAUUCUUUUUCCCUUUGUUUGUAUGUUCUUUAACAUCUGUGUUCAGAGAUCAGAAGCAUUCUCUUCUAGGAGAUCUUUACGCUGCUCUAUCGGCAUUGACCUAUGGUCUGUUUACAGUACUUCUUAAAAAGUUUGCAGGAGAAGAAGGAGAGAGAGUAGAUGUCCAGAAAUUGUUUGGCUAUAUUGGAUUAUUCACACUCACUACCCUUUGGUGGAUUGUGUGGCCUCUCACUGCCAUAGGUGUAGAACCCAGUUUCAAAUUUCCAAGUUCCACUAAGAUGGAAGAGAUUAUCCUUCUCAACAGUUUUGUUGGGAGUGUUCUCUGUGAUUAUUUCUGGGCACUGGGUGUUGUUUGGACCAGCCCUCUGGUGGCUGCACUAGGUGUUUCUCUUACCAUACCACUUGCCAUGUUGGAGGACAUGAUCAUCCAUGGCCAGCAGUAUUCAGUAAUUUAUAUAAUUGGCUCAGCUCAGGUAUUUUUGGGAUUUAUAAUAGCUAACCUGGCAGAUUGGAUUUCCCAGAAGGCUAAAAUGGCAGCCCUUUACAUCACCAGAAUUUUGUAAUUACUGUUGUCUUUUUCUUCUUCUUUUUUUCUAUUUUCUUUUUUGCUGAUAUUGUCUUUCCUAAUGUACUUACUUCGUGGGCUCUUACUAAUGUGAUGAAUAGCAAUGAUUUUCUUGGCCUUUUAA